AUGUCAAUAACGCUGGGCAAGAGAAAAGGCAAGCAAGUAACCAUUCAGCAUCGUGAGGGUGGAAACUUGGCCUGCAUGGAAUGGAUGGAAGAUGUGACUAUCACAACUGGGUGGGGAGCAGACCAUGUAUCUGACCAUCGACUUCCGACACCCUCCCCUCCGAUGUAUCACUUGUUGAUCACUGCACUCAUCCACUCAGCUCGUUUCGCAACGAUCGACCAGCGGGAAAGCUUAUCAUCUGUCACUUUCUUUUCCCCUCCCCUCCAUAACGGAUCUCCUGCUCGCUGUGUAGACUAUUACGAACGUUAUGUCGAUGUUCUCGGUUAUCAGCGGCAUUCCAACGACUUUACAGUUGCGUAUUUUGGUGUCGAGGCCAGUGCGACACCAUCCCGACAACCAUCGAUUCCUAUCAAGGCUGACUGCAGAGACAAGGAUCCGGACGCUUCCGAAUGGGACACUCGUCUCCCGACGGAUCCCCAAAAACCGCGCAUUGCAUCACACGGCAAUUAUCGUGUCAACCGGGUCUAUGGCGCUGUCAGAAAAAGGGAAUCCCACUCGAUAAUCCCCCAUAUCGCUUGA